AUGGAAUAUUCUAUACGCAAAACGAUUUUGCCAGCAUUCGUCUGCUUUUUAGCACUGAUCGUAUUGCCCGCAUCGGCCAACUUCGAAGACACUCGCUGUCGGUGCAUAUGUCCGUCUACGCAGUACUUCGCCUCGGGUUCAGGGAACAGCAGCGAGGAUGAUAACCACAGACGUUACUACACAAAACCGAAUAUCAACGCACUACUUUGUAACCCACAGACAGUUGUCAAGAAUAACGUAUUGAACAUCGUGGACGGAAAACAUAUGGAUGCAUUUUUGGCAAAUUGUGAUUGUAAAUAUGAAUCGAGGAAUACGGUGAUGCUGAAGGUUGUGGUGAUAUUUGUCAUCUGCGUGGUACUGGUGCUGGUCACUUAUAUGCUGUUUUUGAUGUGUUUGGACCCGAUGCUCAGAAGGCAAAGACAGUCGAUACCUUACAGACAACACAAUGAUGAGAUGGAAGAGAACAUUUUCGCACGAAGUUCGAGUCAUACGGAGAUAUCCGAGGGUUCUCCAUCUGUAACGAUGCGCAGUCGAGGAAAUAGUGGUGUUUUGGAGCGAGUGGAAGCAGAGAAGAAUCGUUGGAUGAGGAAAGUGGAAGAACAACGAAAAAAUAUUUUCACUGAUCGAACGAUGCUGAAUUGA